AAACUAAUUGUGUUUUAUGGGUUAGAGGCUGCGUUAGAAUAUCCGUGAACAACACAGUUAAAUGUUUUUUAGAUGCAUUUGAUUAAUAAAAGUGAGACAAAUUGAAAUGAAUUUAGGACCAACAAGUCCGUACACAAAUGGACUUCUGUUUGCUGGAUGGAAUCAAGAUCACGGUAAUUUGAACAUGUAAAAAGUGAAUAAAAUGGACCGCCAUCAAAAUGAAAGUGUUUCACACAAAAAAUGCGACUUUCUUUAGCCCCACCCCCUUUUUUAAGUUUUUAAUUUACAUUAUUAUUAUUUGCAACUUCUAUUUACAGAAAAUCGUUGUUUUUAAUGCACUGGGUAUUUUUCUCAGAAUUUAAUUUGGAACUUUAAAGAUUAAAUUAUCCCAAAAUAAUAAUUUUCACGGUAAUAAUAAUACUUUUCAAAUAGUCUUCCUGCAUCUUUUCUGGCCCACAACAAAGAGUCAAAUGCCCACAUAAUACAAACUAGGCUUUCAAUUUAAUAAUUUAAAGAUUAUUUUAUAGUCCUAGACCCCUAUUAUUAAAUUUACAAUUUAGUGUUGGCAUAGCUAAGCCUACCUAGGGCUACAGGUACAUUAAACUCUAUUAGAUUCUUUAAAACACAAAUUGAACAUGACAUAACAGUGCCAGAUUUACUAGGGCCUCACAAUCUGCCGACUAUUUAACAUUUUUCUUUGACCAGCUAAUGUUAUUUAUAACGGUUGGGGGCCUCUGGACUUUGUAUAGCUUAGGGCUUCAGCAAGUCCGGCCCUGUUUCAUGCCAAUUUCUUGUAAUACCAGGGUAUGACACAAGUCUGGUGACACAUGUGCAAAUAUUGCUUCAUGACUUCACGCCUUGCCAUUUCUGAUCAAGGGGAUAGGGUUUGUCUUAUUUUGAAGAGCCCUGCAUCUGAUGUAGCCUCCUUUGAUUCAAUCAUUACAAAAUAUCAUAUUUUAUUUAACGCAAUGGGCAUCCCCUCUGACCCUACCUAGUACAAUAUUCACAAUGUCAAAGUAGGAUGCACAAUAACCCAUCCACAGUGAUAUCAGAUAAUUAGCUUUAGUUUUUGUUAAAAAGUGAAUUUAGAUAAAACAUUUGAAAAAAAAAUUACAAGGUCAUUUUUAACUUACUGAAUAAAUGGAUGCUGACCGUUUCUCAGAGGGUAGUCUCAAAUAUAGAAGAGCACCCCAAAUGCUUUUAAGAAUGACAGAUCAAUGGAAUAGUUCUGGGACCCUUUGUGUUAUUUUUAUGGGUGGAAAUUUAUUUUCAUGUUUAUCUGGUACAGUUUGUUUAUUGUUGUUUUGGUACUGUAAAAACGUUUUAAGACAACAUGAUAAUUUUCAUUUAAAAUUAAUAGUCUAAAAUAUGUUUUUUUGCCUUCAGUUGUAUAAUUUUUUUUGUAUGUGCAUAUACAUUAUUUUACUGUACUCAUGUGCAGUCUACCUUAUUAUUCUCUUUGUCACUUUAAUAAAAAGCUUUAUUUUAAACUAUACAUUUUCCAUGCCUAAGUAUACACACUCAGGUGAUUUAAUUUUUUAAAUACUAAUUUUACUUUUCUGUACUGUCACUUUGUUUACUAGGAAAUCUUUAAAAUUUCAUAGUUAAUAGAAAAUUGGAUUUUAAAUGAAUAACAGUAAGCCCAGUGGUGCAAUUUUAAUAUUAUCUGUAUCUAGACAAAAAAGGUAGGCUGAGUUCCAAUUUCAUCCGUUUACUGCCCUAACUAUGGAUAAAUUCAUCAAUCACUGAAGUCAGAUUAAAGCAUUAAGCCUUACAGGAUUAAAAAUACAAUCGCAAGAAUAAACCCAUUUUAAAGCAACAUUUCUUUUUACUAUUAAUAAUUAUAUAUGGUAAUUUAAUGGCAGGUUGUUUCUCAUGUGGAAUGGAGAGUGGAUUUCGUGUAUACAAUGCUGACCCAUUGAAAGAAAAGGAAAGGCAAGGUAGGUUCAGUCUCAGUAUAUUUUAUCAUUGGCAGUGAAAGUUACUAUAACAGGCCUGUCUCACCUGCGGGCCCCAUGCAAGUGACCUUUAUUGAGCAGCCUUUAUGCUAAGGCUCCUUAAAUUUAGCGACAAACACACACUCACACACACCCCCCCCCCCCCCCCCCCACCCCCCCCCCCCCCCCCCCCCCCAACCUUUUCUUUCUUCAGUUUAUUGACAAAGAAAUAGAAUUUUGAACGUUUUAUGAGUGUAAAGGUAAAAAAUAUCACAUUAGUUUAGUUUGUUUUGAUUCGUUACUUUGCAUUUCAGUGUGUGAAAUAAUAAAUAAAUAAUUCUGUAAAUCAUUUUUGGGCGUUUACUUUAUUUAUUAUGUGCAAUUUUGUGCAGCACACGAACAGUUAACUCAGGAUCAAAUUGGCCAGUGAACAUUUUGGGUUCGCUACUUCUGUUCAAUUAUAUAACCAUGGGCGUUGGAUAUAAAAUAUUUCAAGUUUGAAAUUCAUUCUAAGUAAUCAAAAUAGAAAAUUUAAUGUGUUAGCUAUAUUAUUUUAGGGAUAAUUAAUGCAUUGUUAGCUUCCAUUUGUUGCUACAACUUCCCAAGCCACAGAAUCUGAAAUAGACUAUUUUUAAACAACCAAUUGCAGCAACCGUAAAAAAGCUAUUAAUUAAUAUUGAUUGCCUUUAAUGUUAAAGAAAUUCACUCCCGGGCAUGGGCGCCCGCUAGUAGGGGCAAGGGGGGGCACUUGGCCCCCCCCCGCCCCCCCCCCCCCCCCNGUAAAGAGAAAAUAAAGAGAAAGUAACUAAGCUGAUGUCCUGUCCGUUCGUUCUCCAUAAAAAUAUGCUAGAGUAAAUUAAAACUAUAUUAAAACAUUAGUAACAAUUUUUUGCCCCCCCCUGGGAAUUUAAUCGAUUUUUUUGCCCCCCCUAGAAAGUUUUCUGCGGGCGCCCAUGCUCCCAGGUAAGUAUUUUUAAAUUCAAGGGUCAAUAUUUAUACCAAGUAUUAUUCAGAGAUAAUUUUUAAAAUUUAUUUAUUCGUAUCGUUUAACAUCGAUCUACAUCUCCAGAUUUUUCUGAUGGUGGAAUAGGACAUGUCGAGAUGCUGUUUCGUUGCAAUUAUUUAGCGCUAGUAGGAGGUGGGAAAAACCCUAAAUAUCCCCCUAAUAAAGGUAAGAAUAUGCCUCUGAUUUCUAUAUUAUUUUUGUAAGUGUAAGUUAUAGAUGUUUUUCAUUUCAUAUAAAUCAUUGAGGUUGACCUCAAGCUUUUUUUGUUUUUUAUGCUGUAUCUGAUUUGAUGUUUUCUUUUCUUUAUCCACCAGUAAUGGUGUGGGAUGAUUUGAAGAAAAAACAUGUGAUAGAACUGGAAUUUUCAUCUGAUGUCCGGAGUGUGCGUCUACGGCGGGACAGGUAUAUUUUUAAAAAUAAAUUUAUAGUUGAUUAUUGAGCCUGUCUAGUAUGCCAAUUUCAGGAUUUGUUAACCAUUUUAUAUAAAAAUGUAUGACUGAAUACUUACCAAAGUUAUCCAGCAUUGUUAAUGGAAGUCCUGGAGUUGUAACAUAAAAAGUUUUCAAAGGGUAUUAGGAGACAAUGUUAACAAUUAUUAUUUAACAUUAUAUAUGUCAAAACAAAAGUUAAAAAAAUUAAAGUAAAUAUGGACUCUGCUGUGGCUUACUGGGACACAAGGUUAGAAAUCUGUAACAAUUAUUGCAUGAUUUCAGAUACAUUUCAAAUCUUAACUCUUAAGUAUGGUUAAAGUGGUUUGCAAAUACAGAAAACACAUUUAAUGACACUAGUGGUGAUAAGAAACAAUUAACUUUUUUUGUAGUAAUCCCCCUCCCCUGCCCCUUUUUUUUUUGUUGUCUUGUUGUUGUUGUUUUUUUGUGUAGAUUUGUAUGAAUUAUAUCCAAAUUUGUUUCACUGACUUACUUAAGGUUUGCUUCAAAGCAAUAUUUAUAAUUUUAAUUCAUUUCUAUCUAAAGCAAAUUUUCUUGUGUUUUUUUUUUCUAUUGAAUAUUCCAGAAUAGUAGUUGCCCUGGAUACAAUGAUCAAAGUGUACACAUUUACUCAAAAUCCACAACAGUUACAUGUCUUUGAGACAGGUUUAAACCCAAAAGGUAAAGUUUUUAUUUCUUCAGCUUAAUCUUAACUCAAAACUUUCUUAAACUAUCUCAUCAUUGAAAAAGAUGUUCAAAAAAUAUUUAGUUUUUUUACAUUACAUGAUUUUAUGUUGUUUAAAUUAUACAUGAAUCAGCAUACCACAAUAAAUUGAUUUACAGCAAUAUGAUUUUUGAAAUUUUUUAAAGUUUAAAGUGUUAUUUAUUCAUUUUAACCAGCUAAGUUAAAUUGAUCUGCAAAUCAUAUUACCAUAAUUAUAGCAAUAAUGUUAUAAAAGGUAAAAAUAAAUAUGUUAAUCUUAUUUAGCUGAAAUCUGGACAUGACAAGACUAAGUUUCAUAGCUGAAAUAGUAAUAGUAUGAUAAAUCUUAUGCAGUUGAAAUAUCAAUAUAAUAAUUGUAUGCAAAGGAAGUAUCAAUAUUGUAAUCUGGUAUUUGAAAUAAAAAUUUAAUUACUUUACAACUAACAUAUUAUUUUGUUUCAGGCUUGUGUGUGAUGUGUCCAAACAGUAACAACUCCUUGCUGUCAUUUCCCGCUCGAAAAAUGGGUCACGUGCAGAUCAUUGACCUUGCUGACACAGAAAAGGCCCCGUUAGACAUAGCAGCCCACGAGGCCACUCUUAGUUGUAUGGCCAUGAAUUUACAAGGCACAAGACUUGCCACAGCCUCUGAGAAGGUGAACUGACAAGUGACAUGGCUCAAAUAGUUACAUGUUAAAAACCCACAAUCUACAUGGCUCAAAUAGUUACAUGUUAAAAACUUACAAUGUACAUGGCUCAAAUAGUUACACGUUAAAAACUUACAAUUUACAUGGCUCAAAUAGUUACAUGUUAAAAACUUACAAUGUACAUGGCUCAAAUAGUUACACGUUAAAAACUUACAAUUUACAUGGCUCAAAUAGUUACAUGUUAAAAACUUACAAUUUACAUGGCUCAAAUAGUUACAUGUUAAAAACUUACAAUGUACAUGGCUCAAAUAGUUACAUGUUAAAAACUUACAAUUUACAUGGCUCAAAUAGUUACAUGUUAAAAACUUACAAUUUACAUGGCUCAAAUAGUUAAAUGUUAAAAACUUACAAUUUACAUGGCUCAAAUAGUUACAUGUUAAAAACUUACCAUUUACAUGGCUCAAAUAGUUACAUGUUAAAAACUUACAAUGUACAUGGCUCAAAUAGUUACACGUUAAAAACUUACAAUUUACAUGGCUCAAAUAGUUAAAUGUUAAAAACUUACAAUUUACAUGGCUCAAAUAGUUACAUGUUAAAAACUUACCAUUUACAUGGCUCAAAUAGUUACAUGUUAAAAACUUACAAUGUACAUGGCUCAAAUAGUUACACGUUAAAAACUUACAAUUUACAUGGCUCAAAUAGUUACAUGUUAAAAACUUACAAUUUACAUGGCUCAAAUAGUUAAAUGUUAAAAACUUACAAUUUACAUGGCUCAAAUAGUUACAUGUUAAAAACUUACCAUUUACAUGGCUCAAAUAGUUACAUGUUAAAAACUUACAAUGUACAUGGCUCAAAUAGUUACACGUUAAAAACUUACAAUUUACAUGGCUCAAAUAGUUACAUGUUAAAAACUUACAAUUUACAUGGCUCAAAUAGUUACAUGUUAAAAACUUACCAUUUACAUGGCUCAAAUAGUUACAUGUUAAAAACUUACAAUGUACAUGGCUCAAAUAGUUACAUGUUAAAACUUUCAAUAUACUUCAGGGGUCUCAAACUCUCAUAGAAUAUGAAUUUUUAAAAUUCUCAACUAUCUUUUAAACUUUUGAUUUGUUUAGGGCACAUUGAUCCGAGUGUUUGACACGACUUCAGGAGGUCAGCUCCAUGAACUCAGGCGAGGUGCCAACAGUGCUCAUAUUUAUUGGUAAUUUUAUUGGAAAUUUCAGUCAACUUUCUUGUUUAUGAGAACUUUAUAUUUCAAGUUUAUUUUAGUUUUAAAACGACCGUAAAUAAAAUCUAGAUAAAGGAAACUGGGUUUCAAUUUAAAAAAAGCAGGAAUAUUUUUCGCUGAAUGACCCCAAAAAGAGCAUUCCUGCACAUUUUGAUAGCAAUUAAUCCGGAGGGCAUAAAGUUCUCAUGCUACAACUUAUAUCAAUAUGAUCAUGAAACGAAUGAAAUUAAUUUCCUCUUGUAAUAUGUGAACCUCCAUAUUUUCCAGUAUUAGUUUCAACUCAGAUUCCACAAUGAUGUGUGUUUCCAGUGACCAUGGGACUGUGCAUAUAUUUUCUACAGAGGAUGAGAAAAAGAACAAACAAUCCACGUAAAUACGAUUUUUGAAACAAAUGUAUUAUUUAUUACAAGUCAACCAAGUAAUUUAUCCACAGCGACAAAUCUAUCGGAUAAAUGGAUUUUAUUUUUAGAAAAAAUAGUCAUGAUGAUAAAACUAUUAUGUUAUGACAUUACACCCUUGGUUCAUCUGUUUAGAUAAAUCAAUUUAGUCAUGAAAGUUAAAAAAAAAAACAAUUGACUAAACCCAUCACUUUCAGGCUUGCGUCCGCAAGUUUCCUGCCCAAGUACUUCAGCUCAAAAUGGAGUUUUUCCAAGUUUCAAGUACCUGGCGGAGCUCAUUGCAUUUGUGCCUUUGGUUCUGAGCCCAAUACUGUCAUAGGUAAGAUGAACUUUACUAUAAAACUGUCAUAGGUAAGAUGAACUAAGUGGGGCUGUCAAUGGGUGCCGGUCGCACUCUAACUGCCCGGGGCAAUUCUCGGGUGCCCGAUUUUAAGAAAAUACAUUAAAAAUCAUAAAAGAAAGAUAAAAUUUCUUAUGAGACUUUUUUUUUUUUUUUGACUCUCUGCUGCCAUUAGUGCCCCGCUGUCGCUUUCCAAGCCCUAGUCAUAAGUAAGAUAAGCAGCAGUUCUGUUUCCACCACAUCAGUAUCAAGAUAUGAGGUACAAAUGUUGUUUGCCAACUGCCCAAAUAAAAGUUGCCUUAAACUUGCUAGAUGGCAAUAAAGUCUAUUUGACUCAAACAGUCAACAGUUCCUCUGUCUAAUUUCAGUCAUUUGUGCUGAUGGCAGUUACUACAGGUUUGUCUUCAACGCCAAGGGAGAAUGUUCCAGAGACGUCUACGCCCAGUUUCUGGAGAUGACAGAUGAUAGGACCUGAAUCUACUGCUAAUUGAACACUUGCUACCGGUUAAAUAAGGGGGAUAAUGGUGUGCAUGUGGGGGAAUAAACGGUGUGCGGGAUAAAUGGUGUGUAUGGGAUGGUGGAUAAAUUGUGUGUGGGAUAUUAAAUGGUACUCAGCCCUCUACCUACAGAAACUGUACACAUGCUACUGUGCAUGUCUGAUCUUUGCUUUGUGUAAAUGUGAUAAAUAAUUAAAAAUAUAUAUAUUUAUUUUUAUUUCUUGUCUCUGCCUAGCUGGAUUGUCACAAAAGUAUAUCACAUCAUUAAUGUGUAGAUCCACCAAUCGUACCCUGCACGCCCAAGGUCAAGCUAAAUAGUUUUGCCGUCACUGUAUAUAUAUAUUUUUAGUUACCUUUUAUGUGUCGAGUGGUUUGAUACUGUCCCAGGGUAUCUCAGAGCCAUCAUGCUUGAGCUUGAACACACAGAGGCUUAUGGCUUUCGUCCAAGUGCACGAAUGUUUAGAUAUUGUGUUUAAAGGGGGAGCCGUUUUUUUAUAUAUACUCACAGACUGGAAAAGUUACACAGAUUGAAAUUCAGGUAUGAAAGAUGUUGAUGGUAACGAAGGUGUAGACUGUCGCAGGACGAAAGCCACAAGGCCUGGGAUUAUUCUUUUUUUAGGAUUUUAAGCUGGUUCCCUACACAGCAAAUCACCUCUCUCCACGCUGCUGGAUAAUCCAAGGAAACAUCAUGUGGAUGAUACAGUUUGGCACCAUUGGCGUCGCAGGAGUUGUCGGAAUGUUUCAUUGUGCCAAUGUUACCCGCCAACGGAACUCCAUCUCUGGGUUUCAAUUCAGAGUUUCCUUCUCUUAGAGGAUGGGUUGCCAUCCAAGGUUAGUGAGUCCCAUCCACCCGGGGGGCUGGUGAUGUUUUUGCACAACUGGGGUUUGAACUCCAGACCACGAACUCGAGAUUGACUCAGUUUAGACCGCUCGGCCACCCAGAGCCCAUAAAUAUUUAAGGGUGUUGAAAUAUGGAGAAGUGGAGGGGCAAGCAGAUCCAGUGGAAGGCCUGCGACUGCACUAAAAAGUAAAGUCCGACUGAUUGCAUUAUGAAAUAAAUCACUUACUAGAUACAAGAAGGCUAAGCCUCACACAAGGGCUAAUGCAAUAGAUGCAACUCAGUGCCUUGAUUUCCGUGCUUACCUAUCCACUGUAUGCAUAGGUGGGACCUGGUGUCUAGAGGUUCAUAAAACCUGAAGAAGCUGAGAUUCGACCGCGUUGAAGAGAUGACGUCUGCAGUGAGGCAAUGGUUUCAAAAAUCAAAAACUCACUUUCUUCCAAUAAACCUUGCAGCAUCUGCAAAAGUGUAUUGAAGUCAGUUCUAAUCUCGUCGUGAAAAGAUUUUACAGCUUUGAAUUUAAAUUAAUGAAGUUUAAAAAAAAAAAAAUUUUUUAUUAGUUAUUUCCGCUUUAAUUUCUUAGGUUUAGGCUCAUGUUUAUACAAGUAUGUUUAGAUAUAGGCCUAUAUGUGUAUGAACCUGUUUUAUUUUUGUAAGCCAAAGUCUCAAAUAUGUAGACCCUUUAUUUGCUGAUUCACUGUUUAAGUUUGCGUUAGGAUGUUGUUUUAACUUUUUGACUGAAUUUUCAGAUCAUUAGCUAAAAUCCCGGUUGGGGCCGCCAGGGAAGCUGAUAUUAAAGCCACCUGGGCCACUUCUACUUUACGAUAGAACUUGCGCAUUAAAUAAAUCUCUACGUACAGAGUUUGUUUUUUGUCCCAGGCCACUUGUAUCCAUCACAAUUAAUGAAGGGAUGGUCUGAAAAAUAUCUGUUUGAAGAUAGACCACGAAGAUGGGAGUCAAAAGUGGGCACCAAGGGGAAUAACCCAAUGGUUGUCUCAGUGUGGGGGAAAGUUUUAGUGAUAUUUGAUGUUUAGAUCUUGUUGUAAUGUUAUUUUUAAUGUUUUUAAUUUCAAUGAUCCAUUUUUUUAAUGUUUUUAUUGUAACGUUCUCUUUGUUGUUUGAUUAUUCUAAUGUUCUAUUUGUGAUGUUUUUAUUGUAAAUUGCAAUGUUCUGUUUAAUUAUUAGAAAAGUAAUUAAACAAUAACUACCAGUGUAAUGGCAACCCAUUUUGCUGUCAUGAUUACUUAUUUCUUUAGAAUAUUUUGGGUAAGAAUUUCUUAUUUAAUUUUUAUCAUUAUUAGAUAUUUUAAUACUUAUUUUGGAAAUAUUUUUAAAAUUCGGCCAUAUAUUAGAAAUUAGUCUAGUUCAGUGUGAUAUUAAAAAUGUAGAAUUUUAUUGCUAAACUGAAAGCUAAAUGACCACCCUCUCUGCCAUUGCGCAGUACACUUCUAGCCACUUAGAGACACACAUGUACAAAUUAGUUUACUCCCCUUUCUCAAGCUCUUUACUAAUUAUUUAUAAUUUUGUUUAGCCCCAACUAAAGACUAUUAUUGGGUAUUUGAUUCUAUUUAAACCUAUUCAUUUGGACUUUAAAGUCGAUUAGAUAAUACCAACAGGUAUACAUCUACAUAUUCAAGGCUCUUAAAAAGUAUGUAAAAAUUUGAAUAAAUAGAUAUACAAUUAUUUCUAAAAAUCAGGAAAAAGAAAACUUGAUACAAAGAAUAUUUUUGAAAAGCUGAUACCAUAUCAAAAUUAGAUUGAUAAUCUUUUUCAUUCUUAAUCAAAACAUGGCAAAAUGACAAUGGUGUGAUUUAACAACGUGUAAAGCCAGCACUCAAUACUAAAUAGUUCUUACAUUUAUGGCUGCAGCGUGUCAAGAUUCUAUGGCUGCCAUUAUUCUUGUGGACAUCUUCACCCCAACUGUUCAAGCAAACCGUAUGUAAAUCUCCUAAUCAGGGGACCCCCCCCCCCCCACACACACACACCCACUUCUUCCACCCCUUAGUGGAAUCAUAAUGAAACGUGUCAAGAUUCUAUGGCUGCCAUUAUUCUUGUGGACAUCUUCACCCCAACUGUUCAAGCAAACCGUAUGUAAAUCUCCUAAUCAGGGGACCCCCCCCCCCACACACACACACCCACUUCUUCCACCCCUUAGUGGAAUCAUAAUGAAUGAUGACCAGUUAUUGAACAUGUUAAGCAUAUUUGUCAGAUGUCAUGAACUUCUAGAUAUGUCUAAAUUCAUGUAUGUAAUUAUGCCAGUUACGAUUUGUAUGAAUUUUGAUAUAGGGGCCAUACUUUAUUCAGAACUAUGUUAGAAUAGUUCAUCUGCCACAGAUGACUGGAUAUGACAGCAGUAAGACACACAGCAAGAAAUUCAACAGGCUCCCUUCAAUGCACAAAAAUACAAGUGUAAUGACACACAACACCCAGUACCCCCCAUCUGCACAUACACUUGAGAUUAUAUAUAUUAUAUAUUCUUCCCUGUGGAGUGAUGUCCCUCCAAGCAACCCUCUCAUACAUCUAGCAAAUUAUUUGAUCAGUGUUAACUUUGAUUGUAAUAAGAAUAACUGAUUAUAGCUAAGACAAAUAGGUCACUAUAAGAUAUCUUAUUUAUGCUGUGGCUCAGACAAUUUAGCUGUUUGGACAAGGGUAAAAGGCACAGUCUAUGUUUGAAAGUUUAGUGGCCAAGAAGUUUGGAGUUGCAUGAAAAUAAUUGCACGGGUUUAAAAUAGGAAUAUAAGAUAUUUUGUUGUGUCAUCAUGUAAUAUGCAUAAGGCAUUUUAAUGUGAGGUUUCAUAACUGAUGUGCAUGUUCAAAUGAGAUCAGUGAGUAAUUUUAUAGUGACGUGUUCUUGACGUGUAUAAAGUAAUGUAAAACUGUGUCACUUGUGUUAUGGGAUGUUUAUGAGAACAUGCAUAUUUGUCUUAUCAAAAACAAUAAAUGUGUGAAUGUAUGUGAAUUAAAAUAGUUCAGUGAAUAGAUUCCUGGACUUAAACAUUCCAGUCUAACUUGGAAUAUCAGCUCUAUAUUUUUUUUAAUGAUCCAUUUAGUUAUUAGCAACUAAUCAUUGUUUUUUUUUUAAACAAAAAGUUUUCUUAUCUAAAUUAUGUUUAUUUAUUGCCUAUUUACUGUCCUAUUUUCUUCUAAUAAUUUUACUUUUUUUUCCCCACGUUGUAAAAUUUACACAGAGUAUACUAAAUCAAUCUUGUAGUUUUGAACUUCAGUAUGAUGGUUGGCCAUUUUUAUUCUAGCGUCAUGGAAGGAUUGUUUGGUUUGUGUAAGUUAUAUAAGUUGUUUUUUUUUAAACAUGUUGAUUUUUUUUAAAUUGUAUAAAUUUAUUUUAAUUUCAAUAAAAACCUAUUAAUGCAUCACUCUGUUAUUCUGAUGUUGAAAAUUGUGUAUACGUGAAAC